AGGAAAAUCGUCGAUGGGCUUCAUUCAAUCUUCGGGUGCCGACCGCUGUAUGUAUACCAUUUCCAGUGUUUCUCAAAGUCCAAGAAUGACAUAUAUUCAAAUCAAUCAAAGGGAGAUGAACAUAGUCUAUAGAGUAACCGUUUACAUCGAUAACAGAAAAUAGCUCUAUAGAUUAUUUCCACUUACUUUUGAUUGAUUUGAAUAUAUGUCAUUCUUGGUUUUUGAGAAACACUGGAAAUGGUAUCCACACCGCGGUCGACACCCGAAGAUUAAAUGAAAUUUGGCAGAGCGGACAAUUAGAAGAAGGUUUUGUACUAAUCAGUUUGUACGAAACCUUUUUUGAAUUGCUUUCGAAAGGUUUUGUACGAAACCAUUGCUACGAAACCUUUUUUCGAUUUUUUUUAAGAGGGUUUGUACGAAACCUUUUUUUAAUUGCUUUUGAAAGGUUUUGUACGAAACCAUUGCUACAGAACCUUUUUUUUUAAUUGUUUUGAAGCGGUUUUAUGCGAAACCUAUUUUCUGCGAAACCAAUAAAGGAUCUUCCCGUGUAUCCGCGGGAAGGUCCUUUUUAGGUUCGGUAAAAAACCUUUUUUUUUAGAGUGCAUGUAGUAGUUGUAAUGAUGCAUGGAAUGGAACCAUAUCAAAAAGAAAAAGAGAAGGUACAUAAAAGAAGUAUUACAAUUUUCUCAAGGCUGAUUCAUCGUUUUGCAAUUAUCAUUUCGCUGUUUUUUUUUAAACAUAGAAAAAUAAUUGUUUAUGCAGCUAUUAGGCCAUUUCGAAUGACAAAUGAAUUAGAUAAGUAUAAUUUUAUCGUUCUUUUCUAUCGCAAAAAGGUGCUUUGUGUUUUCUAUUUUUUUUUGUUUAGGAUUGUACUGUUCGUUGGAAUUUAUAUGCACAUAUGGGCAUACAAUCAAAGUUAACACCUCCAAGCAAUGUGAAAAGUCAAAAUUCAGAGAUGUGA